AUGAGGGUCUGUCUCCGCGGCUGCAGGGUGCGCAGCCUUCGCUGGGCACACAUCAUUAUCGCUUCGUUGCUCCUGCUGCUUCUCGUCGGGGCAGCUCUGACCUCUUUACUGCCUCCUGCUGAAGACCGUGCUUUGACCGGUAUCUUCCGCCGCGGCGCCAGCACUUCAGUACCACCGACUUCUGUAGGCCGUCAUGAGUCCUUCACAGUCGUCAUGCAAACAUAUAACCGAACUGACGUUCUUCUAAAACUUCUCAAUCAUUACCAAGCCGUACCUCAUUUGCAGCGGGUCAUUAUCGUGUGGAACAAUAUAGGAAAACAACCGCCAAGGCAGCUCUGGCAAUCCCUCGGCCCUCACCCUGUUCCUGUAAUCUUCAAAGAGCAAAGUGUUAACCGAAUGCGUAACCGACUACAGCCGUUUCCUGAGAUUGAAACAGAUGCUGUGUUGAUGUUGGACGAUGACACACUGGUCAGUGUUCCUGACAUUAGCUUUGCCUUCUCUGUCUGGAAGCAAUUCCCGGAGCAGAUAGUGGGUUUUGUUCCACGGACACACGUGACCACGGCCUCUGGCAUUUACAGUUAUGGCAGCUUUGAGCUCCAGAACCCAGACACAGGCGCGGGGGAUAAGUACUCCAUGGUCCUGGUGGGUGCUGCUUUCUUUCACCGGCGUUUCUUGCAGCUCUUCCAGGAGCAGCCUGUUGAAGUGCAUACCCUACUGGAUGAGACGCAAAACUGCGAUGACAUUGCAAUGAACUUUGUGGUGGCUCAGGAGCUAGCACGAAACAGCAGAGCCCUGCUGUCCUCAGGAUUGUUUGUGAGGCCUGUAGACCUUAGAAAUCUGGAGCGAGACGCCAGCAGUGGGUAUCUGGGCAUGUGGCAUCGUGCAGAACACCUUCUCCAGCGUUCGUACUGCUUAAACAAACUGGCACAGAUCUAUGGGGUUAUGCCUUUGCGCUACUCAAACCUAAUGCUCUCCCAGUUUGGCUUUCCCAGCUAUGCCAACCACAAGAGCCACGUUUGACCUGGGCAUACCCUCAUUUCCUCAGCCUGACUCCCAAACAAGCCUCAGUCAUCGACAAGAGUCCAUGCUCAUUGUUAUGUUAUACAAGGUCUGGUGAAAGGUAUACUCAGGUGUGCGUGACUAUUGGACACUUUUGACACAAUCACCGGUGCUCUUUUUUUGCCUUGCUUUACUAGUGUAUGAGAGUUGUC